CAAGGCCGAAGCUGUUGCGAAUGCUGAAGUUGCGUAACUGAGGCUGAGCCAAGCAGGGCCCCACCCACCCCACAGCUGCAGAAAGCCCCAGUCCCUCCAGGCCAAGGAGGCAAACCGGAGACGAACAGCUCCACUUGGGGAGGUGGCUGAGUGCUGACACCCUCGGGGAGGAGCGGGGAAGGCUGUUCCAACCUGCCUUGGAAUCGGCAUCUCACAAGCUUCUCCAUCCAGCUUGGUGAUCGGAGCCCCUUCUCUUGCCCGCUUCCGGAAUGGCCACUUACAAGGUCCAGGUGGCCACCGGCAACCUCACGCUGGCAGGCACCUACAGCUCCAUCUCCAUCACUUUGAUCGGGACCCGUGGAAAGAGCCACAAGCAGGCUUUGAAUAACCGGGGCCGGGACUUUGUUCCUGGGGCUGUGGACGACUAUGAGAUGCCCUGCGCCAAGGACCUGGGAGCGCUUCUGAUGGUCCAGCUCCACAAAGAGGCAUACUUGUUCUUUCCCAAAGACAGCUGGCUCUGUGACUUUGUCAAGGUGACGACCCAGCAAGGGACGACCUAUCACUUCCCCUCCUACCAGUGGCUGGAGGGUUACGGCACCUUGACGCUGCGGGAAGGAGCAGCCAAAACCAUUGCUGAUGAUUCUGGGAAUCCUCUCCUUUUGGAUCAUCGUAAAGAAGAGCUCAAAAGUCGGCAAGAAAGCUACGGCUGGAAGGACUACGCCCCAGGCUGGCCGAGAUGCAUAGACGCCAAAAGCACCGACGACUUGGACUACAACGAUAAAUUCACCAUCACCAAAACCACAGUUUUCGGUCUGCGGGCCGCCAAGUCGGAAUUGGAGCUGAGACUGAAAGGCUUCUCCAACCAGGAGGGUUCUUGGGAGAGUCUCGACGACAUCGGGAAAGUCUUCUGGUUCAAAAAAACCCCUGUCACAGAGUAUGUUGCAGAUCAUUGGAAGGACGACGAUUUCUUCGGCUACCAGUACCUGAAUGGGGUCAACCCGGUGGUGAUGAAGAAAUGCGUGGAAAUCCCAGCUAACUUCCCCGUCACCCCGGAGAUGGUGGCUGAGUCCCUGGGGAAAUCCACCACCCUCCAGGAAGAGAUGAAGAAAGGGAACAUCUUCAUUACAGACUACAAGAUCCUGGAGGACAUCCCAACAUGCCUUCUCAAUGGCAGACCCCAAUAUCUGGCUGCUCCCCUCUGCCUGCUGCGCCUCAGCCCUGAAGGGAAGAUCCUGCCACUGGCAAUCCAGCUGAGCCAAACCCCGGGCCCCGAAUGCCCCAUUUUCCUGCCCACGGACCCCGAGUGGGACUGGACGCUUGCCAAGAUCUGGGUGAGGAUGGCCAACUUCCACGUCCACGAGGUCAACACCCACCUCCUGGAAGCUCACUUCUUCUGCGAGGUCUACACCAUGGCCACUCUCCGCCAGCUGCCCAUGUGCCACCCUGUCUUCAAGCUCAUGAUGCCUCACACCCGAUACACCCUCCACAUCAACACCUUGGCCCGCACCAGCCUUAUACAGCCAGGAGGGGUCUUUGAUAAGGCAACUGCAACAGGCCGCGAUGGGAUGUUGAAACUGCUGGCCAAAGGCGUUCAGGCCGCCACUUACACUGCCCUUUGCCUCCCGGAUGAUCUUGAAAAAAGAGGAGUGGCCUCCUUGCCCAAUUUUUACUUUCGGGAUGACGGCAUGAAGAUCUGGAAUGCCAUUCAGAAGAUGGUCUCUGGGAUUGUCCAUCUCUACUACAAAUCUGAUGCAGCGGUCAAGGAGGACCCCGAACUGCAGGCCUGGGUGCACGAAAUUUUCACCGAAGCUUUCCUGGGCUUGAAGUCAUCUGGUGUCCCAUCUGCACUGGAAGCCAAGGAUGAACUUAUCAAGUUCCUCACCAUGAUCAUCUUCUGCUGCUCAGCAAGACAUGCUGCAGUCAACAGUGGGCAGUUUGAUUUCGCCGCCUGGAUGCCCAACACCCCGGCCACCUUGAGACAGCCUCCCCCCAAAGCCAAGGGCAUGGCCACCUUGCAGAGCAUCUUGGACACCUUGCCGGAAGUGAACUCCACCUGCGCACUUCUCUCCCUGCUUUCGGUCGUGAGCUACGAGCCAGGCGACCUGAGACCUCUGGGCUACUACCCGGACAAGCACUUCACAGAAGAAGAGCCCCAAAAGCUGAUUGCCGAAUUCCAGGAGCGGCUGGCUGAGAUCUCCAAGGAAAUCAACGCAAGGAACGAGGGGCUUCCCAUUGGCUACCUCUACUUGAACCCUACUGAAGUACAGAACAGUGUCUCAGUAUAAGAGGGCUCCUCCCAGCUGGUACAGAUCCUAGAACGUACUGGGAAUUCUGGGCCUGGAAUACGCUCAGGCU